AUGGACCUCGCUUUGCUCCCAUCUGAAGACGACGAGGGCAAACCCAUCACAUGCAACCCCGCUGAUACCGAUCUUUCCUCAGUCCACCUUCACUCCGUCACGACCCCACACAACCAUGGCCGCAUCUUUUGGUCACCAGCACCUGGUUUUGCCAUGGGCGUUGGGUCGAUACGCGAGCGUUUCUUACCGUACGAGGAAGGCGACACAUUUAUCAGCACAGACGCCGGCGUUACGUGGCAGAUGGCCCGACGAGACGCGCACAAGUACGAGUUUGGCGAUAAGGGGAACAACCUUGUGGUGAUGAAUGACGAGGACAGGAUGGACAAUCUGCGACAUUCUCUCGACCUGGUGCAAUAUGAAAUUGGCAUCAAAUUCCAAGCGAGGGCGCUCAUGAGCCCCGACCGACUCGACCUUAAAGAUGAUCACCUUCGAGGUCGAAUCGUCCAAGAUCCAAGACAAAGAAGUGCCUUGUCACUGAUACCUCUGCUAAUAACCCGUUCAACUAGCCUUCGACUUAAAAUGACCCUCUCGCGGAUGCACGGAUGCGCUCAUGAUCUUCCAUGCCUACAACAACUGGGCGUGUACACCGUUCGUGUGUACAGCGUCGAUUCGAUCAAGAACUACGAUUUGUGCAUGAAAGCCUUCAGUGGUGCAGACGUCUAUACCAUUUCGCCUGCGUGGUCUACUAAUCUUUUGGAUCAAUACCUCGCUGCCAUCGACGCCUUCAGCAAGUACGACAACAUCCUGGCAUGCCACGUCGGAAACGAGGUCAUCAACAGCUCAUCCAACACCAACGUCGCUCCUUUCGUAAAAGCAGCUGCUCGAGGCAUCAAGGCAUACCUCGAGUGGUGCGGCAAUUCCACCUUCGCAGAGUCCUACACCAACAACUUCGCUGGGUACAACUUCGCAGCCUACUUUUCUGAGUAUGGCUGUGUCCCUCCCUCCGCCGUCAAACUCUUCUACGUCAUGUCCAAAUACUGCGAGUCCCAAAAUCGUAAAGCACAGGCGUGCAGUUUCGCAGGCAACGGAACCGUCAACUCUCAUGCGUCCACCUCCGUCUCCGCCACUGGCGUCGCGUCUUCGUGUAUAGCCAGCCUUAGCGCGACGUUUGCACCGACUGCGCCUGCUAGUUCAUCUGGAAGUAGCUCGACUGGGACCACGUCGAGUGGGGGUGGGACGAAGAAGAACGGUGCGAGCACGUUGGUUGGGGGUGAAUUUGUAGGGAUGGUGGCGAUGGGUGUUGUGGUCGCGAACUUUGGGUGGAUUGCGGUCAAGCACAGAGAGUUGGUGGGUUAA